UCAGCGUGUCUCUGGUUCGCUUACAUCAGCACGAUUUCGAAACGCUCCUGCAAGGUGUCAGCGUUCUACAGUUUACGCGCCAACUCUAGGGCAGUCAGCAUAAACGAGAGCCUAGUUCCACCGCGUGAGAAAGGAGGACAGAGAAAUAAACAGACUUAUAAGAGCCGCCUCUGCUUGGCCUGCCGGCCGCUCUGGCAAAUGUCCCGAAAUAGUGCGCUCCGGCUCAAACACCGACUAGUCCCUAAAAUAGAAGGCACGGGCGUUUCUCCCUCCACCCACUUCCUCCUCCCACCCCAUCUUAUUCAUCCUCAAAACACAGAAGCACCUUGGCGUUCUCAAAUCCUCGACUGCCCGGAAGUGCAAGAAGCAUCGUGGUUUCGCAGCCAUGACGUCUACGCUCACCGUGGAAUCUCCGCAACAGUCAAAGUCGAGAAGUGUGAGCAAGAACAGCUCCGUGAGCAGCAUAUGCACCGAGAACAGCGUCGAAAACGGCUACCUGUCCGGUCUCCAAGAGAGGCUCCUGGCGGAAUGUGCGGGAUUGACGAAGGACCGCGACUGGGAACAAGCCCUAGUCCUGGAGAUCGGCUGUGGUUGCGGAGAUUCCACCCACCAACUCGUCGAACGCCUGUCUCCCUUACUCAUUAGCGGUGUCCUGGGCAUCGACACCGAUCAGGCGGCGAUCGACUAUGCGUUCAGCAUCCACGCUGACGAGAAGACUGACUUCGCAGUCGCCAACGUGGAAGACCUCAACACGUUCGAGCUCAAGUGGGGCGGCCGCUUCGAUUGGGUGUUCUCGUCCCACGCUCUUCUCUUCGUCAAGGAUCAGCCUAAGGCCCUGAGGAACUUGAUGUGGUGCCUGAGGCCAGGAGGCAGGUGCUUCAUAGCCGUGCCAGCUGCCAAGCCUGCCGAUCUCCACCAUGUCGCCGUGAAAGUGCUGCAGUCAUCCUCUUGGAAGAAGUACUUUGAGACAAUCCAAGAGCUGAUUGCAGACAUGGUUGACAAGAACUUCAACCGCUUGUGGUUCCACCACCCUCAAGCUGACCGAAUUUACUCGGCACUCCUUGAACAAGUGGGCUACCAGGUACUCAAGACAAAGCAGCUGGAAUUCAAGUACAAGUUUGCCUCUAAGGCAGAAUACAAAGAAUUUCUGGAAAACAUGUUUGCGAAGCCAAUCCAGCUGGUGCCUGAAUACCACAAGCCGACGUUCGUCCGCGAGCUCACAAAAGUGGCGCUCAAGAAGAUGAAGAAAAACAAAGAUGGCAGCUACACUUGGGCCGUCAACUAUGUUCUCGUACUAGCCAGGAGACCAGAGCUUUAGUACAGCGACACAAUUGUUUGUUUCAUGUGUUAAGUUUAAACAAGACGCUCCCGAGGCUGCCAGGAAGUCUCUCCUACAUUGGAUUCUAUAACUUGUUCAAUAUUUACAGAAGAUAUGCCAGUGUUUUCCGCUGGCUUGCAAAAAGGCCUAGUUCUCUCCUGUACUCUUCUUGUGUUUAUAUCUUGGUUUCAAAGGUUUAAUAAGGUUUAUACGACAUAAAAUGGCUAACGGAGGCACAUCUCGUGCAACAUGCCUUGCAAACGUCUUUUUUUUAUAGUUGCAUAAUACACAUCCUUAUCACACCUAUGGUCAGUGACAUGCCAAGAAGCCCGCAGCUCUCGUCACCGGCUAUAGAUACGCACGUUGAUGCUGCCGCAAAUGAAGCAAUCUUGACGCAUAAAUAAAACAUGUGGAAGGCAAACCUAUGAAAUUGAAUAAAGCCAAAAGAAUUACCAAGUGAUUUCAUACAAUUAAGUUCCUCAAAGUACUUCUCCAUAGCAAAGGUAUGGGUAUAGUGAAACAAAGUUGAAGUGUACUUGUACUACUUGUAGAUGCAUUAGAGGUACCAAUAUAUAGAAGACCUUUCCUGAAAAACAUGCAUGGUCUACCAGGUGUCCAGAUAAUUCUCAAUGAAGUCAAGAACCCUGCACCAGAAACUCUCAAACCACAGUUUGUUCCUUUAACACAUACACAUUUAUUGUGACAGCACUGGCAAAUAGGAAUGGAUCGUUUUGCGUUGUUGCCUUGUCUCAUCUCGUCGUAAGUCUCGUUGGAAAACAAAUGAAAAAUAAA